AUGGAAAGUGGAGAUGGAGACGAAAAUGCUUAUUACCAACCAUGUCAAAAUUUACCAAAUAACUUUGCUAUUUUUCAACAAGGUCCUCCAUUAACAGCCAUUAAUAGGCUAUUAUGGAGUCACCAAAGCCAGUUUUCUUCUCAACAAAGUGUUGCAAACAAUAAUGAAAAUAUUUUUACUCAACGUGGUGGUUUGUAUGAUUUUAGCAACAGUGCGAGUGGCAAUAGUAGUCAUGCAAAUGAGAUUAAUUCUUGGAUAAGUACUUUUUCAGAGCCAAGCUUAAUGGAUAAUAUACUCUUUAAUGAACAAAAUGCUUUUCACUGGAAUAAUCAAGAACAAGAGAUGGUAAUAUCAUCUCCAAAGAAUUCAAAGGAGACCGGAAAAAAAGCCAAAGAAGGGACUUCUUCUACUACUCUGCUAGUCAAGGGUCAAUGGACCGAAGAGGAAGACAGGAAUUUGAUGAAGUUGGUGAAGCAGUUUGGAAUGAAGAAAUGGGCUCAGAUAGCUGAGAAUAUGGUUGGUAGAGCAGGAAAGCAGUGUCGUGAGAGAUGGCAUAACCAUUUGCGUCCAGAUAUCAAGAAAGACACGUGGAGUGAAGAAGAAGAAGUAAUGUUAGUGGAAGCACAUAAGCAAAUUGGAAACAAAUGGGCAGAGAUUGGUAAAAGAAUUCCUGGAAGGACAGAGAAUGCAAUUAAGAAUCACUGGAAUGCGACUAAAAGAAGGCAAAAUUCGAGGAGGAACAAGUUGAAGAAACAAGAAAAAAAGGGGCAAAAUGAGUCCAAAUAUAGAUCGAAUAUUCUCCAAGAUUAUAUUAGAAGCAGGUACUUCAUUGAUGAUUCUCCUGCUGCCAACACCAAGAGUACUCCAAGUUGUAACAUGACAAAUGAAACUCCACCCUAUUCUGAUGAUGAUGAUUCUCCAUCCUUACUCACUAAUCAAACAUAUGAUGAAGAAAUGAACUUUAUGCAAAAGUUAUUUGGAAAGAAUUCAUUGGUAGAAAAUAAUGGUAAAGUGGUAGAUUCAUAUGGCUUCAACUCCUCUGGAUUGAAUAGUGAUAAUCAGAUAUAUGGUGAAGAUGGUUGUAAUUCGUGUGUUGGCUCAAGUGAAAAAAAUAUGCACCCAAUGGUUGUUGAUCAAUCUUAUAAUUGUUUAGAGCAGCCUUAUUUUUCCUAUAACCUGAAUCAUUCUACUAAUUCAUCAACUUCUUUGUUUUAUAAUGCUAUGACUUCGAUGAAUCAAGCAGCUGCUGCAGGUUCAUCUUCAUCCGGAAGAAACAAAGACAUUGAUUUAAUGGAAAUGGUUUCAUCUUCUAUCUACCCUCAAAAAACCUCCAACAACACAUUCUUUUAA